CCACCUCACAAGUUUUGUUUUUGUAUCUGACCAGAUCAAUCAUUUUUCAUCUGGCCAGAUAACGUUGUCACUUUAUGUGAUUUUUGGAAUCAUGUGGCUGGAUUGAGUGACUUUGAUAUCUUGGUCAUGUGCAGAUUUGAACAGUUUCCUCAUAUAAAUAUCCAUAAAAUGAGCGAAUUAUCUGUAAUUGUGACAAAAGGGAAAGCUUAACCAAUUCAAACAAAUAUCCAGUAAAAAUGGAUCACGCCAAUUCCAGAUGCCGACGGUCAUUUUUCAUUCUCGGAGUCUCAAUUUUCCUUGGGGUGCUCGUCUCCAGCUCGGAAUCAAAGUCUGUCUUGACGAAAGGAGAUUACGGGAUCAUUCAUAACAAAGAUGAAAAUGGAAUCGUCCUAAAAAUUCCGCAAGGACUGCUCAAGUGGAACGUUUCAGAAAGUCGGGAAGGUCGAACUUACUAUUCGUUUUAUAAGAUCCCAUACGCAAGCCCACCUCUAGCUCGACUUCGCUUUGAAUCCCCACAACCGCCAGCUGGCUGGGAUGGAGUUCGUUUUGAAACUGAUGUAGCCCCGGAAUGCAUCCAGAAGUCGAAAUAUUCUCCCAUCGAUGAGUCCAAAGGGGAGGAGGACUGUCUUUAUGUGAACAUUUAUACGCCAAAGCUUCCCGGAUUAAACGUGGCUCCAGACGCACCAUUAUUGCCAACAUUGUUUUACAUCCAUGGAGGAGGUUUCGCCGAUGGGAAUGGAAGUCGAUAUGGGGCCAAGUAUUUUAUGGAUGAAGACGCUGUAAUGGUCACUUUUCAAUAUCGGCUGGGCGCAUUAGGAUUUCUAAGCUCGGAAACGGACGAGAUUAAGGGAAAUUUGGGACUGAAAGAUCAAGUUCAAGGGUUAAAGUGGGUUCGAGAUAACAUCGAAUUUUUUGGAGGAGAUCCUUCCAGAGUGAUGAUUUAUGGAAACUCUGCUGGUGGUUCAUCUGUAAACUUGCUACUAGCCUCUCCAAUGGCUUCGGGCCUAUUUCACCGCGCCUUAACCCAAAGUGGACCUCCCUUCGGCCCUCUCGUUCAAACUGGGGAGGCUCAACUAAAGUCCUUCGCCGCUAUAGUUCAAGCCGCAGGCUGCAACGGAACAUCAGAAUGGUUGGACUGUCUUCGAAGCAAGAGCGCAUCGGAUCUCCAAAUAAUUCGAGGGACUGAUGUCAUUUUCGCCGCGACUGUCGAAACUGGUCAUAACGAUACAGAAAAUAACUUUCUCCCAGACACGAUGACUAAUUUGUUCAAGGCCGGAAGGGUGAACAAAGUACCUUGGAUGAUCGGUGUGACCAAUUCGGAAUGGAUUGGGGCUACUGCCAUGUACUUGAAGGAUCUCGCCCUAAUUGAAAAUCUGAACAACAACUUUCACCCCGUCCUGCAACAACUCCUUAUGAAUCCUUACGCCACGUCACCCAUCGCCACCAACAUUUCCGACGCCGCCAGAAGCUUCUACUUUGGCCAGAGUUUAGUCGGCAAUGAAACUUUGCUCGAGUUUACGAACAUGGUAUCUGAUCGGGACAUUGUUCAUCCGUGUGUCAGCAUGGCGAGAUGGAUGGCUGCCAUGGACGAGAAAGUUUUCCUCUAUUACAUGAGCAAGAAACCACAAAAGAGCUAUGCCGACGGUGCUCUAAUUGGUUAUCCUCCGGGAGAUUAUGGAGCAUCCCACGCGGACGAAUUACAGUAUCUUUUCAACUAUUACGGUUAUCCGGAGUAUCCCGUUGAAUCAGAGUACUUUUCCGUUUCACGAAGCAUGACAAAAUUUUGGGUCGAGUUUGCAGCUACGGGGAGUAAUCCAGCCCCUGGAUGGGAACCAAUUAGUAGAGAGGGAUCACUCUUCUGGUAUGAAUUGAACGAUGUACCAGCCCCCACAAUGGCAGUGAUGGAACGAAUGCAGUUUUGGAGUCAAUUCAGUGAUGAAGAUCUUUGCUAUAAUUGAUUUGAUGAAAUAUGUAUGAUGUUAAUGGUACAUUAAAGUUUAUUGCUGGUGACAAAACCAUGCGAAUACUGAUGAAACUGAAUUGGAGGACUUUAUUAAUUUAUUGACAUUACCGUAGGACUUAUGUUCACAUUAAUGGAUUAUUAUGAUAAAAAAUAAAAUACUGUAAAAAAUCAUG